AUGGAUCAAAUGUUGCCUAGCCCAUAUAACAUACCCGGCAUAGGGACUCCUUUACAUCAGCCUGAAGAAGAUCAACAAAUUCUACCAAAUGCUAUGCAACAGCAGCAACAACAACAGCAGCAGCAACAACAGCAGCAGCAUCAACAACAUUCGUUAGCGUCAUUGGGCUCUUCACCUCUUGUGGGCUUUGGUGCUUCUCUUAUGGGAACACCACAGCGUUCUAUGCACACUUAUGCACCUACAGCUAGCUAUGCCACGCCACAACAAAUGAUGCAGCCCCAGACUCCGCAAAAUAUGAUGUCGCCCAUGAUAACUGGUGGAAGCAUAGCUGGCCAACAAAUGUUAAAUCAAACAUGUCCUUCUCCAAUGACACCAAUGACUCCACACUCAGCUGACCCAGGAAUACUUCCUCAAUUACAGAAUAUUGUUUCAACUGUCAAUUUACUAUGUAAAUUGGAUUUAAAGAAAAUUGCACUACAUGCCCGCAAUGCAGAAUACAAUCCAAAAAGAUUUGCUGCUGUUAUAAUGAGAAUACGAGAACCAAGAACAACUGCUCUAAUUUUUUCAUCAGGUAAAAUGGUGUGUACUGGAGCCAAAAGUGAAGAGGACUCAAGAUUAGCUGCCAGAAAAUAUGCAAGAAUUAUACAAAAAUUAGGGUUCUCAGCAAAAUUUUUGGAUUUCAAAAUACAAAACAUGGUCGGAAGUUGUGAUGUCAAGUUCCCAAUUCGACUGGAGGGUUUAGUACUGACUCAUGGUCAGUUUAGUUCUUAUGAACCAGAACUAUUUCCUGGACUUAUAUAUCGUAUGGUUAAGCCGAGAAUUGUGCUUUUAAUAUUUGUAUCAGGCAAAGUAGUAUUAACAGGAGCAAAAGUAAGGCAAGAAAUUUAUGAAGCAUUUGAUAAUAUUUAUCCAAUAUUGAAAAGUUUUAAGAAGCAAUAG